AUGGCAAAAUGCCGAUCAUCAUGCAGAUUUUAUUAAUCAUGUGCAUGGUCGUCUGCAUGGUAGCAGCAUGGUGAUCGGCAAAAUGCGCAUUUUGUCUAUCUCUAGUCAGACGAUGGUUUUCCUAGCCCAUUUCCCAUUUAUGAAAACAGCU